AUGCUCUCAUCAUUCACCACAAAACUCGCCCUCAAAAAGGCCGGUAUACCAAGCGAUAUACUCUCCUUUCCCACAGAAAAGCGCGAGCCAAACAAACUCCGCAAAAACCCUCCCUCACCUUCAGAAAACGAUGCAGAUUCUAGCUGGGCAUCUUGGAUGUCCGUCCGAUCUCUCCCUCUGACAGUACAGCCGUGGCUGACGCCGCCUCCCGCUGCUGCAUCCGUCGGACGCGUACCUGGAAUUGGUGAUAAAGCACCCGUGGAUAGAACACAGAAAUUAAGACUUGGAAGGAGGACUUUGGUGGUGUUUUUACGCUGUGUUGGUUGUGCAUUGGCCAAUACGAUGAACCAAAAUUCUAACAGAGAACCAGUCGCGCAAAAAACCUUUAUAAAUCUUCGUACAAUGGCAAAUCGCUAUGGAGAUGCACUAACAUGUAUAGCCGUUUCUCACGCUUCAGAGCAAGCGACAAAGAAGUGGGUAGAUCUUCUCGGCGGCGCAUGGAGUGUACGCGUAGUAGUCGAUGAAGAUCGAGCUUUGUAUGCGGCGUGGGGUUUAGGUACAGGCAGUAUGUGGUAUGUUUUGAAUCCAUCGACGCAAGUGCAGAGUUGGAAAGAGACGGGGUGGUUGGGUGAGAAAGUAGCGGGUGCGAUACAGGGAAAGACGAAGCCCAAACCAAAGACUACUGUUCAGAGUGUCGGACCUGGAGAGGAUGAGGAGGAUGAGGGACCUUUGACGACGAUGGGAAAUAAAUGGCAGGAAGCUGGUGCUUUUGCUGUGGAUGGGACGGGGACUGUUAUUUGGGGUGGGAAAGCUGCGAGGGCGGAUGAUGUUAUGGAACUUGAAGAUGGAGCGAGAAUUUUAUUAGCCUAG